AUCAACCCAAAGCUCCACAAAACCAAAACACAGAGAGCCUUUGUUUCAUUUCCAAAGUGAAUCAAUCAAUCAUGUCGAAGAACGAGUUGGUGAUCUUGGACUGCUGGGCAAGCCCAUUCUGCAUGAGGGUGAAGAUUGCCUUGGCCGAGAAGGGACUUGACUACGAGGAAAGGGCAGAGGAUCUGUUUGGAGGGAAGAGUGACCUCCUGCUCACUUCCAACCCUAUUUACAAGAAGGUCCCCGUGUUCUUGCACGACAGCAAGCCUCUCUGCGAGUCGACCGUCAUCGUUAGCUACAUCGACGAAACGUGGCCUGCUCCUGCCUUGCUCCCGUCGACCCCUUAUGAACGUUCCCAAGCACGUUUCUGGGCUGACUACAUUGACAAGAAGUUGUUUGAUUCCACCUCUGCCAUCUGGAAGGCGUCGGGGGACGACGCUGUGGAGGGUGCCAAAAAGGAGUUCGUCGAGGUGCUGAAGGUGUUGGAAGGAGCCCUAGGGGAGAAAGAGUACUUUGCUGGGGAUGCAUUUGGGUACGUUGACAUCCUUGCAAUCCCAAUCACUAGCUGGUUCUUGGCAAGUGAGAAGUUCGGCAACUUUAAGGUUGAGGCUGAGUGCCCUAAGCUGUCGACUUGGAUCAAGAGAUGUAUGGAGAAGGAGACUGUUGCCAAGGUUGUCCCUGACCCAGAAAAGAUCUACGAGUUUGUUAUCAACUUGAGGAAGAUGUUCGGAAUUGCCUAGAGAAAGGAUUUAAAGUGAUAGUUUCAAGUCUUCGGUUUUUCUUGAUUUCCAAUAAAGACAUCUGUAUAAU